UAAGACGAAGAGCUGAAGACAUGGCACGAAGGUUUAAUGGAAAACAAGGAGACUUGAUCGAGAUCUCCCGUGGGUCCUACCAGCACUGGGCCGUCUACAUCGGAGGACAAAUGGUGGUUCAUUUAGUCCCAGAGGGUGGUCAGUCAUCUGGCUCGUCAGCAAAACUGAGCAGCACAGGAGAGGUGAAGCGUGAGAAGCUCACCGAUGUGGUCGGCAAUGACCGAUACCAGGUCAACAACCUGCUGGAUGACCUGUACGAUGCUCGUGAUCCUUCCAUCAUAGUGAAGGAGGCCCGUGAGAUGGUCGGCCGCGUGCUAUCGUACAACGUUGACACUUACAACUGUGAGCACUUUGCUACUGACCUGCGAUACGGCGUGGCAGAGUCUCGUCAGUUUAAAGGAAAACCAGGAGACCUGAUCGAGAUCUUCCGUGGGCUCUAUCAGCACUGGGCCGUCUACAUCGGAGAGAAUGAAGUGGUUAAUUUAAUUCCAGAGGGUGGUCAGUCAUCUGGCUCGCCGGAGCUUCCGAGCAGCAGCAACGGAAAUGUAAAGCGGGAGAAGCUCGCCGAAGUGGUCGGCAAUGACCAUUACCAGGUCAACAAUCUGCUGGAUGACAUGUUUGAUGCUCGUGAUCCUUCCGUCAUAGUGAAGGAGGCCUGUGAGAUGGUCGGCCGCCAGCUACAGUACAACCGUGACACUUACAACUGUGAGCACUUUGCUACCGAGAUGCGAUACGGCAAGGCAAAGUCUCGUCAGAUUAAUGGAAAACCAGGAGACCUGAUCGAGAUCUUCCGUGGGUCCUUUGAGCACUGGGCCGUCUACAUCGGAGAGGAUGAUGUGGUUCAUUUAGUUAGAGACGGUGGUCAGUCAUCUGGCUCGUCGGCAAAUAUGAGCAGCAGCGAUGGAAAGGUGAAGUGUGAGAAGCUCACCGAUGUGGUCGGCAAUGACCGUUACCAGGUCAACAAUCUGCUGGAUGACCUGUAUGAUGCUCGUAAGCCCUACGUCAUAGCGAAGGAGGCCCGUGCGAUGGUGGGCCGUGUGCUACCGUACAAAGUUGUCACUAACAACAGUGAGCACUUUCUUACCGACCUGCGAUACGGCAAGGCAGAGUCUCGUCAGUUUAAAGGAAAACCAGGAGACCUGAUCGAGAUCUUCCGUGGGAUGUAUAAGCACUGGGCCGUCUACAUUGGAGAGGAUGAAGUGGUUCAUUUAGUUAGAGACGGUUGUCAGUCAUCUGACCCGUUUGAGAUCCUGAAGAAAGGCAACGGAUCUGUAUUGCAUCAGAAGCUCACCGAUGUGGUCGUCAAUGACCGUUACCGGGUCAACAAUCUGCUGGAUAAAAAGUACGAUGCUCGUGAUCCUUCCAUCAUAGUGAAGGAGGCCCGUGCGAUGGUCGGCCGUCAGCUACAGUACGACCUUGUCAAUAACAACUGUGAGCACUUUGCUACCGAGAUGCGAUACGGCAAGGCAAAGUCCUGUCAGGUUAAAAAAACUUUGAUUGCAGGCUCCGCAGGCAUCAUGGGCAUCCUGAGCGCCUCAGCCGCCUCAGUCGCCACAGUCGCCACAGUCGCAAAAACCGUAGCCAAGUAGGUGGGGCAUUUGCUUUCUGUAGAUCUCUGUUAAGCAGUCGUUCUAGAUGUUAAGAUGAAGAGGAAGACAACAAGAACAAAACAAGAGCAAAUCCCAAACACUGGCAACAAUGAAUGUUAGUAUGUAGCUGACAGUGAAUAUGAUUUAAACUUUUUAAAUAAACGAUUUCACUUGUGCAAUCUGGAGAGAAAAAGGUUUCAACACAGUUAAAAGACAUCUGACCUUGAAUCAGAUAAGACAAUAAGGCAUUAAAUCAUCUGGAUGAUUAGACCAAAGACACAUCUCUCCAGACUUCACCUUGGAUAAAAGAUAAAAAAUACAUACUUCUAUAUCUGUUUAGUAGGACCUCUAUAUAUCUAGUAGCACUUAUAUAACACUUACAUAUAACACUUUGUAGUUUGGCCUUUUUUAAGCAAAUUGUACUUGAUUCUUGUUGCUCUGGGUUUUUUCUCUUGUGGUUGAUGAACUUAUUGUGACUUUGGAUAAAAGCAUUAGCUAAUUGAAAUGUAAUGUGAUGUUUCUUUGUCUAUCAUGUAAUUCUUCACUUUUUAAACGGAUCAAAUAAUCAUUUGAACACAAUUUAUUUACAAUAAAAUAAUUUAAAAUACA